CAGCAUUGUCCUCUGUGCUUUGGUGGCCAGAGCUGGCAGAGCAAUAAUAGUGAACAUGGGGUAUGUCACUUGGUGGAUAUAGUUUUCUUUUCUGAUGUUGAUGCAAUCAUUUGCAUUGAUGCUUGUUUUACUCAGAAGCGCAGAAGUGAGUAUCCAUAUGAUCCAGUAAACCCUACAGCUACAGUCUUUCUUUCACAAGAAGAUAUUUGUGCUAUGGAGCAUGAGGUUAACAAGUUGCAAAAGUCAAAGUCUUCAACCCAAUGGAGGAUUCGACAGGCUUUGAAAAAGAAUUAUCUUGGUGAUGGAGAGGAUGAGCUUGAAGAGGGAAUGAGGAUAACAAUGUCAGUGCUGAAGGGUUGUAAUGAGUCCUUUACUGCAGCUGAUGAGAGGCACCAGAAAGUGAGUCUUAAUCAUUUAUUCUGA